GUAGUGGAAAGGGUUAGAGCCACAUAAUGGGCUCAGGGACUGAACCCCACAGAUCAUUUCACUAAGCAAGUUACAAUCUUGAUGAGCUAGUUACAAAAUUUAGUAUAAAUUUUGAUUGAUUUUGAGUGGUCGGGCGCUGAUGGUGGGCCUGAACGUUGCACAUGGUUGGGAUGCCAUACUUGGGUUAACCCAAGUGGGCCUCGACUAAGGAGCGGAACGAUGACACUGGAAGACCCGUGUCCCCAGUCCUUCUUCAGUAGGAGUGUCCUGCAGCUGGCCAGGACUCUUGCCAAGAUCACUCCAACACCCUACGAACAGGUUGAUAAAUUGUUGAACCUGUGCCCCAGUGAGAGUCAUGGUGGCGUGUUUCGAGUGGACCAGCGUAGCCAGGAUGCAGUGGUUGCCUUGGGGGUAUACCUCUUGGAGUCGGGUCAGCAGCACCAGACACUUAUCCUCCAGUACUUACUCAGACUUCUCCGAGCUCUUCCCAAAGCUAUGUGGCUGGAUGAAAAACGAAUAUAUCCAACUGACCGCAUGCCAGUAGCUGAACGCUUUAGCUUCCUUCUGACAACACUGCUAACUGAUGUUGCUGCCAACAGUGAGAAUGUUCGAGAGGAAAUUAUUGCCACACAGGUGGAAGUACUUUCAACAUUAACGAACAUAAUUACCAGGGCUGUUCGUGAUGACCAAUUGCGAUCAAGUAAUGGAAAAAUUUCUCUCUGCCGUGGGACGGUACCCGUCUUACUUGGUCUGGCUCGAGCACUUGGCCGCUCUACUUCUGGGGACCCACUCUUCCUGCAGAUUUUUCCUGAGCCAGUCAUCCCAGUUCCGGUUCCUGCCGAGCCCCCACAGAUGGCAAAAAAGAAGAGUUUCAUAAAUUUUCGCCCCAUCAUUCCUCGAUCACUGUCCUCCACACUACCCUCUUGUUCUGAUGUUGUGUCUCUUGUCAGUGUGGACAGUGACCGUGAUGUUGGGUUACGCAUUCCUGGGGGUCCUGGGAAGCGGCCCUCAUUGCAGUCUCAGCAGUCUGUUCCUUAUGACCCAAAGGUAUACUUCUUUCAAAAAUAUGGAUCAAGUUUUGGAGCUAAUUUUCCCCAGCUAACCCAGUAUGAUCAUACACUGAUGUUUCCUGUCCAGCAUUUGCAGACUGUACUUGCCAAUGCUAAAAAACUACUUGCCAAGGAGGUGCUAACAAUAUUGGAUGAAGUUGCAUCUGAAGUGUUUUUGUCGUAUCAGGUGAAAAUGUUCCCAUAUCGGACUGUGCGAGAAACAUUAAAUUUAGUUAUGGUCACACUUUUGAGGGAACUUCUUGCAUACCAGAAAGACUUGCCUGUGCCAUUUACUCGAGAUGUGCAGGAUUUUGUCAAAGGACUGUUUCUCUCUGGUCAGACAGAGUUAGCUGUACAGCAGAGUGAGAGUGGGGAGAAGAAUGAAAAUAAGAAAAUUCCAUCAGUCAACCCAUAUAGAAUUAAUGUUCAGGCUAAUGCUGCCUGCAUUGACCUUUUGGUGUGGGCUAGUACUGAUGAAUCUGAGGCAGAAUCUCUCUGCAGUCGACUGACAGAGAAGGCAAAUGUUCCUCAUGGGCAUCGACUUGUUUUGGCUCAUAUGCCACUGCUAUUGGUGUGUCUAGAGGGUUUAGGCAAACUUGCCAGCAAGUUUCCAAAUAUUGCUGGGACAUGCAUUAAUUACCUUCAAGAUUUCCUGGUUAGUCCAUCACCCAUUCUCUUGAAGCUACAUCGUCAGCAGUCUGACUUCCUGACCCCACACCAGGGCAACUUGACUGUGAAAGUUACUGGUGACUUGAGCAGCAGGCCAGUGUCAGCCUCGGCAACAGCAUUUGAAAGAUUAAGGGAUACUGCAAUUGAAAAUUUGUGUGUUGCACUAAAGGCAGGUCUGACAGUAGAUGCAAACACUGUGCUUGCAUUUAUUUCAUCAAUAUCCAGUAGAGAAAAAGCUGGCUAUGAUCGCUUGCCAGAAAGUGAUAAUAUCGUUAUAUCACAUAAUGUGGUGGUAGCUUUGGGCCAUGUGGCUGUUGCACUGAAAGACUCGCAUCGCACCACCGAGACCAUUCUCCAUCAGUGCCUACUCCAGCGCUUCUGUCGUCCUCCUUCCAAUCUUGACACACUAAUUGUAGACCAGUUGGGCUGCAUGCUUCUGGCAAAAAAUGAUCCCAAGGUGUAUGAUGAAAUAAUGGAACAGUUCAGCAAGAUCAUAAUAGAGGCAAGCAGUGGCACUUAUGGAAUUGGUGCUGCUCAAGACCAACGCAUGAAACAGUACAGACACGUAGCUACUGCAGUACAUAAUGCCUUAGCAAAUAUAUGUGCUAACAUUCAAGGGGAAGCCGAGAUGGAUAAGUUACUGAUGCGCCUACUGGAACUUUUUGUAAAGCUUGGGUUAGCAGCCAAACAAAACUCGGAGAAACAUCCAGCUGUAUUAAAGGCAUCGAGCAGUGCAGGAAAUCUUGGCGUGUUGAUUCCCGUCAUUGCAGUACUAGUGCGACGUCUUCCUCCUAUCAAAGAACCCAAACCCCGUCUACUGAAGUUAUUCCGUGACUUUUGGUUAUUCUGCAUUGUCAUGGGCUUCACACAACAGGAAUCUGGUUUGUGGCCUGCAGAUUGGCAUAUGGCUGUCUGUGACAUAGCAGUUACAUCUCCUCUGUUGCUGUCCCACACCAAACACCGUUCAGAGAUGAAAGAACUCAAAUAUACCUAUGCAGUGCGGGAUGAUUCCGUUUCAGUUAGUGAACUAAAUGAGCUACGACAACAGAUUCUUAGUCUGCUUGAGCACCCAGCUGAUGUUACGCAGAUUGUUAACAAAUUGUCUUUUGCUCAGUGUAUUUAUGUUCUUUCUGUGUAUCGUGUAGAAGCCCUCAGGGUUAGAAGUUCUCCAGAAACAAAUUUUCAGCCAAUGUUUGAGUAUUUACUUGACCCAGCUAUUCAGAAUGACAAGUAUGACAUGUGGACUUGUAUUAACAGAGUGAGUGAGAAGGUGUUCAACAUAUUCUUGGAGCAGGUGAGUCACCGUCCACGAGACGAGCGUCAGGAGAAGCUACUAGUGUUACAUGCACAGUUUCUGCUGACACAUUUUAAUCACACUCAAGUGCAGAUUCGACGAGUGGCUGACAAGCUGCUUUCCAAGCUUGUUGAUAGAUUUCCCCUCCUGUUGUGGAAUGGAAAUGUGUUACGAACACUGCUUGAUAUUUUGCAAGUUUUAGGCUAUUCAUUGCAACUGGACCCCAAUGAUGCCAACCCAACCAUUCCCAUUCCUGACACUCCCUUCAGCAUUACCCUCAUGGACACUUUGGAAGCCAGAGAACGUACAGUGAGUGACUUCGCUGCACGUUGUCAGGGGAUUCUGCAAGAGGCCAUGAAAUGGGCUCCUGAGGCUACCCGAUCACAUCUUCAAAAUUACCAAACACACCUUGACCAGAACAAUCUGUCAUCACACUCGGGUCUAACAUUAGCCACCGAGUCUGUCUUACAGUAUGCUGGCUUGGGAAAUUCUACUUCAACCAGCCAUUCAUCAACUCUUGACAAGCGAUAUAAGGGAAUGAGUGAUCUGACAUCAUCAUUUAUGAAGUCUCUGAGCCUGAGAACUCAUUAUCAAGGUGAAAUAUCUGGGCUGCUGCUCAUGGCAACGGAUGACGUUCAGCGAGAUAAACUGGUAUUCAAGCUGUUGGGAGAUAUUAAGACUGCAAGUGACAAUAAGAGUGAGGUAGAGUUCAGACAAGGGCUAUGGAGAGCAACUGGUUUGCUGAUUGCAACCAAAGGUAUUCAUCGUGGACUGUUGCGUUGUGUGUGCACAUCAUGUCUGAACCUUUUCACGGAGGAUGCAGUGGAAAAUAGUGCAGCAUGUUGGCAGUGGAUAUUAUCAGCUCGUCACGAUCUGACAUUACCUUUCAUGCAAGAGAUGAUCUCUGCUUGGCAGGAUAGUGUGGAUCGACGAUUAGGUCUAUUCUCAAGGCAGUCAGAAGUAGUAAACCCUCUUGCAGCGUAUGAAGGCUGUGAAUUAAAACCACAUGCCCCAGAGGUUGGCCCCCAUGACAUAUGGAUCAAGUUCAUCAGCGAGCGUAUUGAGAUUGCUAAGUACGACAGUGAUGCUCAAGUUGCCAUGUUUGCUGGCAUGUUUCACCGGACGCUACACAUGACUGUGGGUAACCCCGACUCUAAGAUCAACCGUCACAUUGGUGCUCUGGGCACCCGAUUCCGACUCCUCUCCUGUGCACUCACUCUAAUUCAGGGUGAUGCAAUUCCAAAGUCAUUGAGCAAGAAUGUGUUACGUGAGCGAAUUUAUUGUGCUUGUUUGGAUUACUUCUGUGCUGCCCGUGGUUGCCCUACGCAACGUCCAGCUCGACUUCAAGAUGACAUCAAUGCACUUCUUCAUUUUUGGAAUUCUCUCCAUGCUGACAAAAAAUAUUUAAAAACAAGUGUGAUUGGAGACUUCACAUCUUACCAGUAUGGUGGAGGAGCUUCACUAUCACCCUCUGUGGCAUCGGAUCUCAGGUCUACAUCAGGGGAAUUUGUUAUUACAAAUGGGUGGAUUAACACUGUUCCUCUUUCAUCGAACACCUCCACUCUAUCCAAAAGAUCUACACGUAGUAAGAGACUCAUCAACCCAGAUAUUUACGUUAAAGAUUACCUCAAGAAGAGAGCUCUGAUCCUGUCUUUGCUGGCUGUUGAAAUUCAGACCUUGAAGGUUUGGCUGCAGCCACCUCGACCUGCAGGACAAGGCGGAGAAGUAACCACAACUCAGGAAGAAGCCAUUGUCAAGUGGUUGUCUGGUGGCUUCAACAGCCCUAAGGCAUGGAGUGGAAACACAAAUCUAGCUUGGAGCAUAUCGCCUGCAUUAGCUGUGUUUUUACCAACAAGGAUUCACAAUGUCCAGGGAUUAGAUGCAGAAAUCAGCCACUUAGUGAGAGACAAUCCCAUAGCUGUUAGUCACCUGCCAGAUGCCUUACAGUACUUGGCUACAUCAGAAAAUAUCCUUUCUGACAUUCCAGAGCUGAACUACAUGCUGACGUGGGCACCAGUGCCUCCUGUGAAGGCCCUUGCUUACUUCUCACGCCAGUACUCACCGCACCCUUUGACAGCCCAGUAUGCUGUGAGGGUUCUCACCAGCUAUCCCCCAGACACACUUUUGUUUUACAUUCCUCAGUUAACCCAAGCCCUUCGAUAUGACUCAAUGGGUUAUGUUGCUGAGCUGAUCAAGUUAGCUGCGAAGAAAUCACAGCUACUACUACACCAGCUGAUUUGGAACAUGGAAACUAAUAAAUACAGGGAUGAAGAGGGUCAUGAGAAAGAUGCGGAUUUAUAUGAAGUUAUUGAGAACCUUGAGAAAAUAAUGUUAGCAAAUUUGUCGGGACCAGCAAAACAGUUCUAUGAGAGAGAAUUUGAUUUCUUUGGCAAAGUUACCAACAUAUCUGCUAUUAUCAAGCCAUAUCCUAAAGGACAAGAGAGAAAGAAGGCAUGCCUAAAGGCUUUACAUGAUAUUCUAGUCCAAUCAGGCUGCUAUUUGCCAUCUAACCCAGAGGCCAUCAUCCUUGACAUUGACCGUAAGAGUGGAACUCCCAUGCAAAGUGCUGCAAAGGCUCCAUACCUUGCUCGAUUCAAAGUCUGCAAGUGUGGAAUAAUGGAACUCGAGAAGCAAGGAAUGGCAGUUAGUUCGGGACAGGAAGUCAGUACUAAUAUUGGACCUGUAAUCUGGCAAGCAGCAAUAUUUAAGGUGGGCGAUGAUGUGAGGCAAGAUAUGCUUGCGCUCCAAGUCAUCUCCAUCUUCAAGAACAUUUUCCAGACUGUUGGACUUGAUUUGUUCCUCUUCCCUUACUGUGUUGUAGCUACCUCUCCUGGGUGUGGUGUGAUUGAGUGUGUACCCAAUGCCAAAUCUCGGGACCAGCUUGGUCGUAGUACUGAUACGGGUAUGUAUCAGUACUUCCUUGACCUAUAUGGUGAUGAAAACUCCCACAAGUUUCAACAAGCACGCUCCAAUUUUGUGAAGUCAAUGGCGGCGUAUUCGCUGGUUGGAUUUUUGCUCCAGAUUAAGGACAGGCACAAUGGAAAUAUUAUGCUGGAUACUGAUGGUCACAUUAUACACAUUGAUUUUGGAUUUAUGUUUGAGAGUUCUCCUGGUGGCAACUUAGGGUUUGAGCCAGAUAUUAAGCUGACAGAAGAGAUGGUAAUGGUAAUGGGAGGGAAAGUUGAGGCCGCACCCUUUCGAUGGUUUGUUGAGCUCUGUAUCAAAGGAUAUCUGGCAGUCAGACCAUACAGAGAAGCAAUAGUCUCUUUAGUUUCUCUAAUGCUGGACACAGGGUUGCCAUGCUUCAGAGGCCAGACCAUCAGACAACUACGCUCCAGGUUCACGCCACAGUCUACCGAGAGGGAAGCGGCAGAGUACAUGCUGUACAUCAUCCAGCAUUCACACCUCAGCUGGCGCACCAAGGCAUAUGACCGCCUCCAGUAUCACCAGAAUCAGAUUCCAUAUUAAAAUGGUUUGUUGUUGUUAUUUAGAGGGAUAUACUGUAGCAUAAAAAAUUUAAUAUAGCCAAUUCGUAGGCAAAGAAUUACAUUAUUUGGCAUUUAUAUACAGUAUUCUACAAUUUGUUUCUUUAUUUGCACAUGCAAAGAAGUUCCAAAAUGUAUUUUCAGGUUUUUUAAACCAUUCCAAAUAUGUGAUAAAGUAUUUGAAAUAAUGUUAAUUUUAAUAUUGUUCAGUAAAGUAUUGUGUUUUAAGACUAAGUACUGUACCCUUCAAACUGAAAAAUGCAUUGUUUAGUUUUAAUAAAUAACUAAUUUAUUUAUUAAAUCUUUGUUAACAUUCUCAUUUUAUUAUUGUUUAAUAGACUGCUUUUCUUUUGUCGUUGAGUAUAUUCAAGUUUCUUAUCUCUCUCUCUCUUGCUCUCCCAACCUUACCUGUAUGUACUCAGCAGCUUUCUUACAAUUCGAAGCUAAGCCCAUUUUAUUCUACCUUUUGGGGAGUUACAUGUUGGGCAUAUUGACAACCCAUAUCAUGCAUGAAACAGUAACUAGUUCCUAUGAGAUUUAUGUCUAACAAUCAUAUAUUUGAUCAUUUUUGUUCAAGGAAUGUUGCCAUAUGUCAAAUGUAAACAUGAUGUGCAAAUCAACAGCUGUUGCCUAAACAUUUUUGUCGUCAGUUGCGAAUGAUGGUCUAUAUUGGUGUGCACAGUAUUAAUGAUCAUAAUCCUUUUUACGUGAUAAAAAUUUUCAAAUUGUGCACAAAAUCUGUACUGUAAGGUUAAUAAGAAAUGUUCCAUUAAAAAUUUGCAACAAUAUGGUUAGAUACAGCAGUUAUCAGACUACAGUACUAAUAUUCAAUUAAAAAAUGCACUUCUUUGCCAUUAAAUGUGCCUUUAUAUAAUACAAUAUAAUACAGUAUAAUAAAGCUUAUGCAGCAUAUACUUAUGAAAUAAACUGAGAAUAAUGUACUACUACUGCUGUUGUUAUUGCACUCUGAGAUUGGCUGUCAGGCAGCAUUUACUUAUGAAACCAAUUUCUACUACAGUAUUACUAAGUUAUGCUUGACCCUUUGGCUGCAAGAUCAAUACUUCAAGCACAACAGUGCAGUAUUGCAAAUAGCAAGCUUCAUAGUAUUAAAUAUGGCCUAUACCCAUGACCUUACUCUUUUCAAUGUAAUAGGAUAUGGGAAAUGAUUCUUGCUAGCUUGCAUAUUGGCAAUGCAUGCUUAACUCAUGGGCACUUAAUAGAACAAAGGCCUAUCUCCCCACGGUCAAAACUGCAUUAGGCCACUUAGUUGCAUAUCUAUCAUAAAAUGUUUUGAUUUUUGAGAUGAUUGAAAAUCUUGCUUUCUAAAGUCCCUUAGAAUCAUUUGUUCCUUGAAAAAAAAACUAUGGUGAAUAUGAUACCUUUACUAUUGGGUGUAUUUGCCUUUUGAUAAUUACUUCUUGCUCAACUCUCAAUUUCUCUUCAGUGUGGAAAGCAAAAUUUUUUAACUUUCAUAGAAAACUUCUCUGUACUGUCUAAGCUUAGUAAUCCAAAUCACAUAGAGCUCACCCCCAUUUGAGUGGGGCAAACAUUCGACUUAGCCAAAUUUCUUGCUAGGAAUGUACAAAAAUGAGCAAAUUUUCAAUUUUUUGUACCACAAUCCACUACCACCAUUUAUACAUGCAUUUUUGUGAUUUACCAGCUCACUCCUACAAUUUACAUAGUUAUUACCCCAGUUUUUUCGAAAAUUAUGAAUAUGAAUUCAUUCCUGUUGCCCAAAGAUUCAAGUUGCUGGGAUUUGGACCACUGAGCCCUUAAAGUAAAUAGUACUGCAAUUAUAAAUUAUCAUAUGACCUUGAAAAUUAUAAAGGACCAGGGAUAUUUUGACAUCUGGUAACAACACCCCAAAAUACAGAUCAAUCUCAUGAUGCCAUUCACUCCUCAGAAGCACAUUUUGCUAGAAUUAUCACAUAUAUACACAGUGGUUCGUCAUCCUGAAAAGCCUGGGGAAAAAUGUACAAUUUAUUGCAGAAAUUCAAUUGUAGGCUUGUACUCACCAAUAUGAGAAGUUCUGAUCAGCUUGUCAACUUGAAGAUUAUAGUUGAUGGAGCAUUUUUAUUUAGAUGGAAAAGAUGGUGGAUGUUGAUGGUGUUGGAUUGACUGAAGUAGAGAUUAAUGGUGAUGAGGUAACCUCAGCAGAUUGCCUUUCACAUGUACUCUAACCUCUAACGUAUCUAAUGCCAUAGCAGAGUUUAAAGCUUCUAAGGCCAAGCCAUUUAUCAGUGCACGAACACUGCUUGAGUGGUGCCCAAUACAGUCACUGGACAAGCUAGGCCCAUCUCCCACCCAUGCACCCUCCACCACCCCUGGCCAGUGAGACCUGGCUGGCACUUACCUCACAACUUUCUCACUCAUUUUUAUUUGGACUGCCCACCUCACCAGUUAAUUGAAUUUUUUUUAUUCACACAACAUGCAUAUCCAGAUAAGUGACAUCCAGCAAGCAUGCAGUCUGUAUAUAAAAUGUGUGUAAACAGAGUGGUAGAUGGUUGGGACAAGUUAAGUGAGAGGGCUGUUGAUGCCAAAACCAUCAGUACGUAGUCUCAAAGCAUCAUAUGACAGUACUGGGAAAACAGGACACUUUGAUAAUUGCACUUAGAUAGUUAAGCAUAUACACAUUUAUACAUUUAGGUACUGUUUUCAAGUUUUCAGCUUACAUUGUUUAGGUGUAAAAAGCUCUAGUACAUACUAGUAGUUGUAGUUCAAUUGGUCUUCCUUUUUAGUUAUGCUUCAGAUUCUUGAGAUUCUUGGUGACAUUGAUCAGACUUCAGGGUGACAAGGUAACAAAGUGGCUAAUCUUCUUAAAUGGUAACCCUUCAAACUCUUUAUCCUGACCCUACUGGAAGUCAUUUGUAUGCUUUAUAGUGAUUUGGUUAAACACUUCUAAUCAGAGUUUUUGAUAAUUGUUUUCUUAUGCAUUCACCUCUGACAGACCACACUCAUUUUAUUUAAGCCUGUGUAUAUUUUAUAAUAAAGAAUUAGCAGUUGCUUCAAAUAAUGGCCAAAACAACAUUGGGAAUUCCUUGGUAAUCUUAUAAUGGCCUGUUAUUUGUUUAUAUAAAAUAAAGAGUUGGUACUGAUUAUGCUUGAAGCGAAUAUCAAAGAUUGCUUUAAGAUGUUUUAAUUUGUGAAUUUUAUUUUUUAUAUAUUUUUCAUAAAGUAACAUUUUCAUAUUUUUCUGGUCCUAUUAUGAAAGCUAGUUCCUAUAGUGAAUUGCAGCUUAUGUGAAUGAUAGUUUAGGCAUCUUAAAAUGCAAUUUGUAUGACUCUUUGUCAUGGGAAAUUGUGUCUUUCAUUAGACAAAAUCCAAACUCAAUGUAGAGUUCAUGGUAUAGAAUGUGAAUUGAAAGCUGUAGCCAAAUUAGUGAACAAUGCCUCUUAUAUAAUAUUUUUUCAAGGUUUUGUAAACCUAUUGAUUGCUUAUGUUCAACCAUUGAUGGUUAAUGAGGAUAUUAUUUUAAAUUUUCAGAAUACUUUAUUAUAUUUGUUAGAAUCUUGAUAUUUAAUCACCAUUCAUAAUACAGUACUGUACUGUAUUUAAAAAGACAGACAUGUACACACACACCACAUUCUUACUGUAAAUCUUUUGUUUCCUUUCAUUUUAAAUAUAAAGCUGUAAAAUUUUACUGCCAAAUAAUCAGAAAAUUUGUAGUGGUAAUAUUUUCUCACACACAUAUAAUAACAUGGGAUAAAAACCCACACUUAUGUAUUUGUGUAUUUUAUGUAAAGAUUUACACCAAAACUUACAUCUCCCUGACUAAUGCCAACAACAUUAGUCGGUGAGAUGUAAGUCUCGUCCUAACCACAUACUCAGACCUUGACAAAGCACUCAGGAGAGUGCAAAAGACUUGGUGUAAAUCUUUACAUAAAAUUCACAAGUACGCAAGUGUGAGUUUUUAUCCUAUAAUCAGAAGAUUAAGAUUAUUAGACUACAUUAUGUGGAAAAUCUUAUUUGAGCAUUGUAUAUACAUACUGUAUUUAUAUUAAUUUUGGCCAUUGUAGAUAGUGUACUAUGUAAUUGCCAAUCAGAUAUCUACGUAAUAUAUUUUGCUUGUUAUGUAGAUAUAAAUUGCAUGUAUCACCUGCUGUUUAUCCAUGUACUUUUGACACAGAAAAACUUGAUGAAUCUUGACAUUGUAAUGCUUAAGUAGUUGGUGAUUGUAUAAAAAAUAUUGCUUUCAGAGAUAUUUUGUGCAUUGGCAUGAAUUAAUAUCAAGGUAUGUAAUGGGUAAUAUCUCCAAGCAGGUAUUGUAUGCGUAAUACUUAUAUGAAAACUAUAGACAGGUUAAAUAAGUUAUUGUAUUAUACUUAUUAUAGAGUUGGAAUUUUAUAUAUAUAUAUAUAUAUAUAUAUA